AUGAAUAAAUUAACUGUGUUAACAAUGAUAUUUAUCUGCAAUAUUGGAAACAUUAUCAGCGUGGAUCCUUUGGCUUAUGAAUACGGACAUCUUCUAUUUUCCACACUAUUGUACAGACACGGAGAUCGGUCAAUUGAGCGUACUUAUACAAACGACCCGUACGCUAAUAAAUCUUAUUGGCCAAUGGGAUUUGGCCAACUAACUCCUUCUGGAAUAGAAAAGCAAUUUAAACUGGGAAAAUGGUUGAGAAAACGGUACAGCGAAUGGUUGCCUGAAGUGUAUUCUGCAGAAGACGUUUAUGUGCGGAGCUCUGACUACGAUCGGACCAUAAUGAGUGCCCAAGCUAAUCUAGCCGGUUUGUAUCCUCCCGUGGGACCUAAAGAUUGGAACAUGAUGGAACCUGGAAAGCACAUUCAACUAGUUCCAAUACACACUGUGCCGAAGUACAUGGAUAACUUAUUGUCAAUGUCAGAGUCUUGUCCACUCUAUUCACAGGAGAUGGAUGAGGUAGUAAACGAUUUCGAGGUACAAUCAUUUUACGCCCAGUUUAGUUCGGCGUUCGAAUACAUGGAAAAAAAUAGCAACCUUGAAAUGGGUAAAAAAACAGUCAUCAAAUCAACUACGUUGCUAUACGAUGCACUCCUCGUAGAGUCACAGUUCAACUACACAUUACCGAAGUGGACUAAAAGUAUAUUUCCUGAACCAUUAUUGACAAUAGUUAAAGAAAAUGUAGAAUUGGCUACACACACUAAUACUUUGAAAAGAUUAAAAACUGGUCCUUUACUUAACGAGAUUGUAACCCAUAUGUACGAAAAGAAAAAUGGUACCCUGAGUCCUAACAGAAUGCUUUGGGUUUAUUCAGCUCAUGAUACUACUAUAGUUAAUUUACUCAACGCUUUUGAACUAUACGAACAUUUACUGGUGCCCUAUGCAGCUGUCUUGAUGAUUGAACUUCGGUUAAACACUACAGGAAAUUAUGUUGUCACAAUAUCGUAUCGAAACACAAGUAACCACGAACCAUACUUACUACAUGUACCUGGUUGCGAUUCUGUUGCUUGCGAACUAGAUAUAUUUAUUGAUGUUUUAAGACCAAUUAUAUCAGUUGACUGGGAUGUUGAAUGCAAAUCUGAUGGUGGAAAAUCAUAUUUUAAAAUUUUUCAGUGA